UUACGGUUUGGCGGCAAAAUAGAAAAACGUGUUGUUUUCAUUGUUUACGCGUUCUUUGUGUUAUUUAAAAGUUAUUUAAAACUUAAAUAAUAUCCAUUACAAACGGAACAAGAAAAUUUAACUUUGAAUCGAAAUGAAAACAAUCUAGUUAUUUUACAAUAUAAGUUUUAUUUGUUAAAGGAAUAGUACCCGUUGAGAUAUUCGUUAACAGUUGUAAUUAACGCAGGCUUAAUUAUUAAAGAAUUUGGAAGUGAAAAAUGGAUGGAGAUUCUUAUGACUUUAUGGAAGAAGGUGAAAAUCAAGAGGAAUUAACAACACCUGGUGCAGUACUACAGAAAUUAGAAGAGGUAUGGUUGAAUGAAAGUCUUGCGCCUGAACUUUUGCCAUAUGAAAGUGAAUUAGUUGAUUGUAUGCUGGAUCAAGUACAACAUAUGGAAGAAAAUCUUCUUAAAAGUUCUAAAAAAGCUGAUUUCCGUAUAAUGAUUCAUAAAAUGGAGUUGACUCGCAUAAGUUACAUCAUCAAUAAUUAUUUAAGAAUUCGAUUAAAGAAAAUUGAAAAAUAUGGAGCACACUAUUUAGAAGAGGUUAAAAAGAGACCUGAUUUAAUGUCUUUAAAUGAACAAAGAUUUGCAAAAAGUUAUAUUACCAGUAUUAAAAGUUAUUUACAUAAUGUUAUCCUGCAACAUUUGCCAUUGAACAUGCAAAAUUUGGAUAUGGCUGCUGUUGGUCAAAAACCUAAUGUUGAUAGUUAUGUUUUUCUGGAAGCAAAACAAAAUUGUAAUGGAGUAUUGUUAGAAGAGGAUACAAUUGAAGGAAGGUAAGUGAUUUUAAGUCAUAUAUC